GUGAUUGAUUCCAGCAGAUGUGAGGCUUGCGCCGCUGAGCGAGGAAAAGACGCUACCGCAGGCAUGCCACUGGCGCGCAGUUUGUCGGUCACCUCCUUGUCUGGCCUAGAUGACUGGGAUGAAGAGUUUGACCGGGAGGAUGCAGUCCUGUUUGAGAUUGCAUGGGAGGUCGCUAAUAAAGUUGGUGGCAUUUACACGGUGAUCCAGACCAAGGCGCGUCUGACCUGCGAGGAAUGGGGCGAGAACUACUUUCUGGUGGGCCCGUACAUGGAGUCCAAUGUCAGGACGCAAGUGGAGCUGAUCGAACCCUGCAAUGCGGCACUCAGGAGAACCAUUGAUAAAAUGAACAGCAGCGGCUGCAAGGUUUAUUUUGGUCGAUGGCUUAUUGAAGGCUCACCAUAUGUGGUUCUGCUGGACGUGGGCUUCACGGCCUGGUCUCUGGACCGCUGGAAAAGUGAAUUGUGGGAGAAAUGUAAUAUUGGUGUGCCUUGGUUUGAUAGAGAGGCAAACGACGCUGUUCUCUUUGGCUUCCUCACAGCUUGGCUUCUGGGAGAGUAUGCAGCUCAGUGUGACGAACCUCCUCAUAUUGUGGCACAUUUUCACGAGUGGCUGGCAGGUUUGGGUCUCGUCUUAUGCAGGCAGCGACAACUACCUGUAUCAACUAUUUUCACCACACACGCCACUCUCCUCGGCCGAUACCUGUGUGCUGGAAACGUCGACUUCUACAACAACCUGGCAGAGUUUAAUGUGGAUAAGGAAGCAGGGGACCGGCAGAUCUAUCACCGCUACUGUCUGGAGCGAGCAGCUUGCCGAUGUGCACACGUCUUCACCACAGUCUCUCAGAUCACCGCCAUUGAGGCUGAGCACCUGCUAAAGAGAAAACCAGAUAUUGUGACACCAAAUGGCCUAAAUGUGAAGAAGUUCUCAGCCAUGCAUGAGUUCCAGAACCUCCAUGCUCAGAGUAAAGCACGCAUCCAGGAGUUCGUCAGAGGCCAUUUCUAUGGGCAUUUAGAUUUUAACCUUGACAAGACGGUGUUUCUUUUCAUUGCUGGACGCUAUGAGUUCUCGAAUAAAGGAGCGGAUAUCUUUCUUGAAGCUUUGGCCAGACUUAAUUACCUACUGAGGGUGAAUCACAGCGAGGUGACCGUCAUAGCAUUUUUCAUUAUGCCGGCUCGCACCAACAACUUCAAUGUGGAGACCCUGAAGGGCCAAGCCGUACGGAAACAGCUCUGGGACACGGCACAGAGUGUGAAAGAGCGCUUUGGGAAGAAACUCUAUGAAUCGCUUUUAGUAGGGCAGUUGCCUGAUGUGUCCAAGAUGUUGGAUAAGGAGGACUUUACCAUGAUGAAGCGUGCCAUCUUUGCCACUCAGCGGCAGUGCCAGCCCCCCGUAUGCACACACAACAUGCUGGAGGAUAGCAGCGACCCCAUCCUCAACUGCAUCCGCCGCAUCGGCCUCUUCAACUCAGCUCAGGACAGAGUCAAAGUGAUCUUCCAUCCAGAGUUUCUCUCCUCAACUUCUCCUCUCUUACCGAUGGACUAUGAGGAGUUUGUGCGAGGCUGCCACCUUGGAGUAUUUCCCUCUUACUAUGAGCCCUGGGGAUACACACCAGCCGAGUGUACGGUGAUGGGCAUCCCGUCAAUCUCCACUAACCUGUCUGGGUUUGGCUGUUUUAUGGAGGAGCACAUUGCAGACCCGUCAGCUUAUGGUAUCUAUAUUCUGGACCGGCGGUAUCGCUCAGUGGACGAGUCCUGUAAUCAGCUGACGUCGUUCUUGUUUCAGUUCUGUCAGCAGAGUCGCAGGCAAAGAAUCAUUCAAAGGAACCGAACCGAGCGCCUCAGUGACCUGCUGGACUGGAGAUAUCUGGGCCGGUACUACGUUUCUGCCCGUCAUUUGGCUUUAGCAAAGGCUUACCCGGACACAUACAUCUAUGAACCUCAAGAACCCUCUUCGGCCGCAGGCUUCCGUUAUCCGCGUCCCGCCUCAGUGCCUCCUUCCCCUGCUCACUCGCUUCACUCGUCUCCUCAUCACAGCGAGGCCGAGGAUGAGGAGGAACCAUACGAUGAAGAUCUGGAGGCUGAGAAAGAUCGAGUCAACAUCCGCCAGCCAUACAACUUACCAAACAGGAAUAAGAAUCAAACAGUUGGUCUUCCUGAGAAAAAUUAAAACACACACACUCUGCAGCUUAUACUGUGAGGCACUUACACACACACACACACACACACACACACACACACACACACACACACACACACACACAGAGCAGCUUAUACUGUGAGGCACUUACACACACACACACUCCCUUUAAAGUGAACGUAACGCCUGCAAACAGUAUGUCUGCAUGUUGGUUUAUUGAAGAGAAAUAAAUAUAUUUAAGUAUGCGGUGAGCCGUCGUAUGUUAAAUUGAGGCUUUUUGUGGGAAGAUUUCUCCGGUGUCUUUCACAUGAGGCCUAGUAAAAAAAAA